AUGUUCAAAAAAGAUUUGACACCCGGCGCCAAAAGCAAGGUCAAGUCGUCGGCCCAGCGCGCCAUCCGCGCAAAGGCCAUUGAGACCUAUCCCCGCCUCGAGCCUUACAUGGACGAUAUCAUGCCCAAAAAAGAACAGAUCGAUCUCGUCAAAGUACCUGAUCGCGUCUCCCUCUAUGUCCUUGGUUCUACUCCCCUCUUCUGGCAACACAUGGACGACCCUCUGAUACCCCACCUCUCUCUCGUUCACAAGUAUCCUCAAUGCUUUGACAGGAUACGAAUUGAUCGUGGCGCCAUCCGUUUCGUUCUCUCUGGAGCUGCUCUCAUGGUGCCCGGCUUGACGUCUCCUGGUGGUCGCUUACCUGAUCCUUCGAUUGCCGAGGACGACAAAGAAGCCAACGAUGGCUACGGAGGAAAAGAGCUGCAAGCCGGUGACAUUGUUGUUGUUGAAGCCGAAGGCAAGGAGAAUGCUUGCCUGGUUGGCGUUCUGAAAAUGGGCACCAAAGAAAUGAAGGAGAAGAAGAAGGGUGUUGGUCUUGAGAACGGCCACUAUCUUGGUGAUGGUCUGUGGAACCUGUCUCUUUAA